UCCCCUCAGCCUUCACAGCACAUACUUCCUGUUUCAUUGUAGUGGAUGUGAAGUGAUGAAUGAACACUCAUUUUACUGGGAUUUGUUCUCAGCACCACUGUGUGUCUCUGGGCCGGAAUCUAGAGUCUGAGCAUGAUUCCAACUGCUACUCUGGACACUUGGCAUCGGUGCACAACCCUGAGGAAUUCCAGUUCCUGCAGGCACUAACACAGACUGUGAGCCUCCCGCUCUGGAUUGGAGGUUCAGCCCAGGAUGGACGAUGGUCCUGGAGUGACAGCUCCAAAUUCAACUACAAGAACUGGGCCAAAGGAAAGCCGGAGAACUUUGAUCCUGCCAGAAGGCCAUGUAUCCAGAUGAACUAUGGAGAGAAACACCGGUGGAAUGAUGCAACGUGUGGAAUGAAGUUUCUCUCCCUGUGUUCUCUAAGGACAGAGUAGAUCUGUCAGAAUCAGAUUUCAGUGUCUCUGAACACACUAGGGAUAAUCACAGGCAUGAAUGUUUGUGAAUGCUCCUUAUUUGACUAAUAAAACAAGUG